AUGGACUAUACGGCGUUCCCAACAUUCCCUAUCCCGGCCUCAAUUCGGCGACGACUGCCCCGCCUGUACCUUUCACGGGCCGGAUCUAAAGAAGUGACCGGAGAUCUGCGUCGCGGACUGGCAUCUUCAUCCGAGCCGCAGUUGUGUCACAGCCAGCUCGUCGAGCCGGGUCUGGAUACUCGACCCUCGACAUCGAGUGACGAUCUGGAAUUCGAUAUUGGGUCUAGAGGUUCAGAGAGCCCACCCGAGGAAAUGGGAUCUCCGACGAAAUAUGAGGCCGAGUCGGGGUUGCGAUGGAAUAGAGUAGUGCCCGCCUUUAAUCUCCUCCGCAAUGCAGGGUACGAAGCACAGCAACCGCAUGCUGAUGGCCGAUUGGCGCGGUCUCUAUAUGUGAAUGCAUUGGUUUAUCUGCUCGAUGCUCUACCCCCGGACCUGAGUGGCGAGGAAACGGCCAUGCUGCAGCACCACAUUCCAGAACCUGUCAAGGCGACAUUGACGACCUACCCCCACCCGCCCCGCUUUGUGGACAGGGAUCCUAAAUCAUGCCAUAAUUCUAGAUCUUACCUGCAUAAGGUCCUCGCUUCGGCAAUUCUACAGAUUUUCAUCCUUCUGCGAUUCGUCUUGCCGUAUGUCAAAUUGCUCUUGCGUCAGGUUUAUGAGUAUGAACGGACACACCGCAUUACCGAGCGAAUCUUGACUACCACUUUGGAUGCGGCAGACGGGUUGGGGAAAGGCGGAGUCACUAUUGGAGCUUCAAUCUGUCGGCUAAAUGAAGGUCGGGUUGGUGCUGCGUUGUCCAAUCUUGCAGCGUGGUGGAUGGAGGGUGUCGCUGGCGGUAUAUAUGAGGGAGUUGGAGAAGGGAUGAUGCAUCUAGGUGUUAUAGGACAGGGAGUAGAGCUGGACAGGUUCCCUCCGCAUUCGAUGAAUGGAUGA